GGGCUCAAAGUUGAAUUUGCCCCAACCUUUCCAAGCCAGACCCACAACCCAUACCUCCUCCUCCUUCACCUUCCACACAAAAGCAUAAAAGGCGAGUAAUCUGUGUGAAUCUCUGCGGUCAUGGCUACGACACUGCCAUGGCAUCCCUUACUCUCCUCCAACCCUCAACGCCUCUAUCGCACCCAAAAACUGCUCGUUCCUUCGCGCCACGUGGCCACUGUACGGGCCUUCCAGCGCAGCGACUUCGAGGGCUUCACGAAGCGCAUGGCCUCCGGCGAGCUGUGGCGGGACGCGUGGCGGAGCGCCAACGACGGCUUUGAGCAGCUUGUCUACGAGUCCAGGAAGACGGCCGAGAGCAUCGACCGUCGCUACGCCGUCUCGCGGCGGCUCUCGGAGGUGGCCCAAUCCGCCUCCGACCGUGCAAGGGAGCUUGACCGCGACUUCGCGAUCACGCAGCGAUGGCGGACUUUUAGUCUUGAUUUCAGUAGAAAUUUGCCUAGGUACAGGAAGCAGUUCAAUGAUUUUCUGGAUACUCCAUUAGGAAGAAGUUUUGCUACAAUCUUCUUCCUCUGGUUUGCGUUAUCUGGAUGGCUCUUUCGGUUUUUGGUAUUAGCAACAUGGAUACUGCCAUUUGCUGGUCCUCUUCUCAUCGGGACUUUUGCCAAUAAUUUUGUCAUUAAGGGAGCCUGUCCUGCUUGCAAGAGGCAAUUCGUCGGUUACAAGAACCAAAUAAUUCGCUGUACAAACUGCGGAAACAUAGUGUGGCAGCCAAAAGGGGACUUCUUCUCAAGAGGUAGCGGAGACCGUGCUUCCUCCUCAAAGUCUGAAUCUGAGAUCAUCGAUGUGGAGUUCGAGGAGAAAUGAAGAGAGAAACCCAACCGGCAGUAGGUUCCAUGUGAAUUCAACAUGGCCUAAUGGCAUAUAGUAGACAAUAUAGUAUGCAAGAGCGACCUUACCCUUUACACCCCUGUAAUAAAUUUUCUCUUUAUGUUUUUGUUGUUUUUGUGUAUUUACUUGUAUCGGGAUAAUAGUGCUUGUAGGAGUUAUACCUUUGUUGUUUUGUAUAAAUAGCACUUUUGUUAAGUUAAACAAGAAUCACAGCCUUUUUGCAAAAA